AGGAAAAAGGCCGCCGUGGCCGCUCUCAGGUUCCUCUCUGGUAUUGAUAAAAUAAAAAUAUAUAAUGUUAAAAAUAUAAAUAAAUGAAAUAUAAAUUUUAAUAUUUUUUUAUGAAAUCUGAAUCUUUGAUAAUCCUGCUGAUUAUUGUUUACACAGAUCUGCAUUAUCUUACAAUUCUACAUUUCUCAAAGUGUUCCAGGAGAGAUCGCUAGCGCACAGAUGAAUUUUUAUGUUGCACGCUCAGUAUUACGAAGCAUAUAUACAGAAAUACGAAAAAUAUUUGCGUUAAUUGUUAUGUAGGUAGUGCAAAUCCGAAAGAAUAAACUCCGGAUUCUCAGGCAUUUUUCAACAUCUCGUGAGCAAUAAUUUUGGAAGAUAAUAUAUUUGCAUUUUUUACCUCUAGACUAUUCAAUCGAUAGAAUUGCGUGACUUUAUUUCUCCAAUGAAUCACAAUCUAGAAUCAUCCGAUGAUCAUCCAUGAUUAUCUGAUUAACACACGUUAUGUUGUACAAGCAGAUUAAGCAGAAUCGAAGGUUGCAUUCUGAAGGCGACAUUCGCCGUUUCGUGUUUCGUUCUGUUUAUUGUCGCGCUCGUCGAUCGAACAUAACCUGCAAAUCGCUCGUAUCGCCAAGUGAGCUCGCGCACCCGACCGACUCGUGAUUCGUGCCGGGGAAAGGUCCCCGGUGACUUCUCGGUGACACUUGGUCACGUUGUUCAAUCGUUGAAUCUCGUCGUCAAGACACACCUUGGAAGGAGGGUUUCGUCGUGGAAGUAUGCCUGAACGAAGGCCGGGGGUGAGCUGAAUUAGCCGGAACGUAGGUUAAAGCGCUGCGUCGUAUUAGGGGACUCUCUGUAAAGCGCUGAUCGACGCGAUGGACGUGGAGAAAAUUGCGAUGUUCGCCGGCGUGGGCUUCGCCAUCGCCGUCGGCCUUUUUGUCCUGUGGGGCCCGUCACCCAAGCCUAGAAAAAAAGGUCAAGUCAUUGGGAUCAACAAUUUGGGAUACACAUGCUUCUUGAAUUCUCUUUUGCAAGCGCUAGCUGCUUGCCCCUCGUUUAUUUUCUGGCUUCAGAGACAGCAGGAGAAGAAGGACAGAAACUUUGCUGACACUCUGCUUUCUGUUCUCAAAAAAGUCAAUGGUUUUGCGGAUGACCUAUACGGCAAUGUAACACCAGUUGAAGUCAUUUCUUCUAUUGGCUCAUUGUGGAAUUUUGGGCCUGGUCAUCAAGAUGCUCAUGAGCUGUUUCAUGUGGUUCUUAGCGCAUUAGACGCUGAAAUGCAACCUGCAAAUAGAAAAGGUUGUUUAUCCGAUGCACUGCCACCAAGCCCAAUUAAAUUAGAUGUAAGAGGAAUGAAUGAUACCCUGAAUCUCAGAAGCGCCUCUUGCAAUGAUAUCACGUCACAAGUAAAAAAUAAUUCUGAUAAUCCAAAAGGCUUUGACAAGAACUGCAACAAUCAGAUGAUGACUUCGACCUCAUCUAUAUCUAAUACGUCUCCAAGUACGUGCAGGCCUGGUAUGAUCCUUGCUAGAUCUUCGGAGCUGCUGUCGCGAAGCAUUCAAAGCAAUGGUGACUGCAUGAGCCUCUUCGAGAGAACAUGGAAAUCUCUGUGCACUAUGCCAUUAAUGAACAUUCCCUCGGUAUCAGUAGAGACACAUCCAUUCUCAGGCCUCAUCACAAGCCAAGUUCAAUGCAGCGACUGUUUCUGGAAGUCUUCAGUACGUUACGAUAAGCUUGAAACUUUGUCGUUACCAUUACCGCCGCUUACUUCAUCAUUCGUACCGCAACAUCACACUUUAGAAUGGCUGCUGUCGCGUUUUGUAGACAGCGAAAUUGUGCGCGACGUGCAAUGCGACGGAUGCUCGUCACGUUGCACCGCCAUCAAAACUCUCACCCUCGGCAAGCUAUCAAAGUGUUUAUGCUUGCACAUCCCGAGGACCACGUGGAGCUCUUCGGGCAUGCCAAUUAAAAGAGAUGAUCAGAUCACGUUCCCCGAAUUUCUGGUGCUAGAUCCCUAUACUUAUACAGAGACAAAAAAAAGAAGCGCGCAGGGUGACGCAAAAUUUCCCGGUAACAGUUUCAUGACGCGGAUACAGGGUAAACACAAAUACCGGUUGUGCGCGGUAAUCGAGCAUCGCGGCCCGGUCGAUUCCGGCCACUUCGUCUGCUUCAGACGCGGAAACAAAACGGAUCAAUGGUUGUACACGUCCGACGUUAUUGUCGAGAGCGUGUCAUUGACGCAGGUGCUGCUCGCCAGUCCGUACCUGCUUUUCUACGAGCGCAUCAACAGCGUUUAUCCUAGCUAGGAACAAAUUUUUCAAAAUAAUAGGCAAUCUAUAGAAAUUACGCAAUGACUCAUUGAUAACCGCUCUUUUUAGCCAUGCUUUCUCUCUUACGCUUUCAGCGUUUAAAGCAAAGCAAUUUAUAUAAACAACGGAAAUAUAUCAUAUGAAAGGAUAUAAUUGCAAUUAUAAAUAAACGUAGAAAACACAGCUAGAAAGAACGGAGGAUUUGCGGAAUACAAGAGACUGUCGGAUUUUCCAUAAUGAGUUUAGUAUCGUCAAUAUUGCGCGAUAUUACUUUGUUAUAAUACAUGACUAUGAAGUGUGUGGUCCUUAGGUGAUCUUUUAUAGCAGCAGCGUAAAUGUAUCUAAUAUAUAAUCUAAAAUUCAGAAAUAUUUCAUUCGCGACGGAUGUGUUAAUAAUUGUCAUUAUUAGACGCUGACAAAUCUGCCAGAACAAUUAGUUUGAUGAAACAAAAAUUUCUUGCUUCUAUAAUCACAUAGCGAUAGUAGAUUUCUACCAGGAAGGACUGUCAAUUCUUAAGAAUUGUUUGAUCGGUUCGUUAUUGUAUCUUUAUUUUAACGAAGACUAAAAUCGUGCCAAAUUCGUCGAAUUAAAUUUAUUAAGAGGAUGAGCGAGAUCUUGUAUUUUUUAUUACGUUUAUAUAUUUGGAGCUCUUUGAGCUCUCGCAUGUAGUGUGCAAUUGUUAAAAAUAUUACUAUUAUCGAAGACUGUGAAUUUGUUAUAAUUUGUAUAUAUCUAAACAUUUUUUUCCUUUCUCUGGUUGGCAUAAAGGAAUAUGCGAAUUACCAGAAUACUUUAAGAAUAUUAGGUAUAUAAAUAUGUAAUUUAAAGUCUUAUAAAAAAAAAUACAUUAAAGUGGAAUAAAAUUUACAAUGCAGAAUCCAGAUAUACUUUAUCCAAAA